AGCGUGCUGGUGUCAAGCUCUUUCAUCCAACUGCAGCACUCUGUCCGGAAGACCUGCAUCAGCACGGCCAACACGCGAUUGCUCACUAACGGCAGGCUUGAAAUAGGACUAGUACUUCGUCGAUUCAUGCACGACAUGCCACCAUCUCAGGGGAAACAGGGGAGUGCGAAAGCACGUCCGACGCCUGCAAUUCCUCGACCGUCCGCCAGCGUGGUCGUCGUGAACUCGCAGAACGAGAUUCUGCUCGUCCACCGGAACCCGAAGUCAAACUCGUUCGCGAACGCACACGUGUUCCCUGGUGGGAACUACGACGAAAAGCAAGAUGGCCCGCACGGGCUGCCGUAUACCGCCAUUCGGGAGCUGUUCGAGGAAUCUGGGCUCCUUCUCGUCCACCCGUCGACCGGGAAGUUCCCUAACGACGCCGAGCUGGACGCCGCCCGCGAAGACAUCCACACCCAGAAACGCAUGUUCAGCGACUUCCUGGCGCAGUACGACCUGCGGAUCAACACCGAGAGUCUCCUGCCCUUCACCCAAUGGAUCACCCCUCCCAGUAUCCCCAGGCGAUUCCACACACAGUUCUACCUCGCCUUCCUCGACGACACCCGCGCCGCCGGCUUCUCACACGGCGACAAGCAGGAGCGCCUCCCGACGCCCGACGGCGGGCAGGAGGUCGUCGCCGCGCGCUUCGUGCACCCGCAGCGCGCGCUCGCCGAGUUCGCCGCGAAGCAGAUCUCGCUCUUCCCCCCGCAGUUUUAUCUCCUCACUACGCUCGCCACCGUUCUGGAGGGCACGCAGAACACCGCCGACCAGCGCGCCCGCGUGCGCACGCUCGCGGAGGGGCAGUUUGGGAGCAUGGUGCUCAAUCCGCGGCCGCUGCCCGGGCAUGAUGCGAAGAAGGAGGGGUAUCAGGUGUUGACUUAUGAGGGGGACGAGACGCGUGGGGGGUCGCCUGGGAGGCUGCAUCGCAGCAAGGUCUGGUUUGGGCCUGCGGGGGCUGCUGUUGGCCUUGCAUUGGACCGCAACUUCGAUGUAUUCUCCGAAAUCGAGGCACACGCGUUCUCGAAACCUGCGAAGUUGUAGCGCUGCAGCGGAGGCGUUGUAUUUUAUAUCACUUGCUUGGAUCGCAGCACAUCACGUUGCACAGGACGUCCGACGCGUUGCAUGCUGGGAACCCCGGUUGUUUUUAUACAGAACGUUCUGCAACACAUGUCGCGCAGCUGAACUGUAUAGAGAACCCUUAUGUAGAUACUUCGGCGCCCC